UCCCCAGUGGGACAGAUGUCUUCAGUGGUGGCUAAAGAAUCCAAUGCCAUGGGCCCCAAGGAAAUGGAGCUCAUUCUUGUUAAAGAGCAAAAUGGAAUGCAAUUCACCAAUUCAACCCUCAUUAACCCAGCCCAAACCAGCAUUGAAACAGAAGAAAGAGAGACUUGGGGCAAAAAGAUUGACUUUCUCCUUUCUGUGAUUGGCUUUGCCGUAGACCUUGCUAAUGUUUGGAGAUUUCCUUACCUCUGCUACAAAAAUGGAGGCGGAGCCUUCCUGGUCCCAUACUUGUUUUUCAUGGUGAUUGCUGGGAUGCCACUUUUCUACAUGGAACUGGCAUUAGGACAAUUCAAUAGGGAAGGAGCUGCUGGAGUCUGGAAAAUCUGUCCAAUAUUAAAAGGUGUGGGCUUUACUGUUAUCCUCAUAUCCCUUUAUGUUGGAUUCUUCUAUAAUGUCAUCAUCGCCUGGGCUCUCCAUUACUUUUUCUCGUCCUUCACUAUGGAUCUUCCCUGGAUACACUGCAAUAACACCUGGAAUAGCCUCAACUGCUCAGAUACUCGUUUUUCCAACUCCAGUGGCAGCUUUGACAUCAAUGACACCUAUAAAACCACUCCUGCUGCAGAGUAUUUUGAACGAGGAGUGCUGCAUCUUCACCAGAGCAAAGGAAUUGAUGAUUUGGGCCUUCCUCGGUGGCAACUAACCUGCUGCUUGGUUAUUGUAAUUGUGCUGCUGUAUUUCAGCUUAUGGAAAGGAGUGAAGACUUCUGGGAAGGUGGUAUGGAUUACAGCUACCAUGCCGUAUGUAGUCCUCACAGCCUUGCUACUACGUGGCGUCACCCUUCCAGGAGCCAUCGAUGGCAUUAAAGCCUACUUGAGUGUUGAUUUCUACCGUCUCUGUGAGGCAUCCGUUUGGAUAGAUGCUGCCACUCAAAUAUGCUUCUCUCUUGGUGUUGGGUUUGGUGUGCUAAUAGCAUUCUCCAGUUACAAUAAAUUUACUAACAACUGUUAUAGAGAUGCAAUCAUCACUACCUCUGUCAACUCCCUGACGAGCUUUUUUUCUGGUUUUGUCAUCUUCUCUUUUCUGGGUUACAUGUCACAGAAACACAAUGUGCCCAUUGGUGAUGUGGCCAAAGAUGGACCUGGACUUAUUUUUAUCAUCUACCCUGAAGCAAUUGCUACUCUCCCUUUGUCCUCUGCUUGGGCUGUGGUUUUCUUCAUCAUGCUCCUCACAUUAGGAAUCGACAGUGCUAUGGGAGGAAUGGAGUCUGUGAUCACUGGACUGAUUGAUGAAUUUAAGUUUCUCCACCGGCACCGAGAGCUCUUCACCCUGUUCAUUGUCUUGUCAACAUUUCUAACCUCCCUCUUCUGCGUCACCAAUGGUGGCAUCUAUGUCUUUACGCUACUGGACCAUUUUGCUGCAGGGACAUCUAUUCUUUUUGGAGUACUCAUUGAAGCCAUUGGGGUUGCAUGGUUUUAUGGGGUGGGUCAGUUCAGUGAUGACAUUAAACAAAUGAUUGGUCGGAGACCUGGCUUGUAUUGGCGGCUUUGCUGGAAAUUUGUCAGUCCUUGUUUUCUCUUGUUUGUGGUGGUUGUCAGCAUCGUUACAUUCAGACCACCCAACUAUGGAACGUACAUCUUUCCAGACUGGGCCAAUGUGGUGGGCUGGAUAAUCGCUACUUCUUCCAUGGCGAUGGUACCAAUUUAUGCCACCUACAAAUUCUGCAGCUUACCUGGAUCUUUCCGUAAGAAACUAGCUUAUGCAAUCACUCCUGAGAAAGAACAUGGCCUGGUAGAGAAUGGGGAAGUGCGUCAAUUCACCCUCCGCCAUUGGCUAAUGGUGUAG